AUGAAAAAAACUCAAAAACGAAAAGCACCAGAUACAACUCUUAGUAACGCAAAAAGACUCAAUCCUAAGAAGAAUAUCAUCCCCAAAGAAAUCCAAUUACAGGAAGACGUGAAAGAAACACAUUCAACUAUUGCAGAUUCUUUGAUUAUAUAUAAUCAAAGUGUGGGUUAUACUUUUGACAAUGUCUCAUUACACGUUAGACGAGAUUCGUCAUCCGAUGCUGACAAUAACCAACUUAUGACUAAUUUGAUAGUAAAUGCUGAAAUACAUCAAAAACAUGGAGAUAUAGAAUUAUCUGACCAGAAAAAUACCAAAAGUAUUUACAACAUUCAACCAGGUGUUAUUGUGAAUGUUGAUAAAAAUUUAUGUUUAUCAAAUGACCGGACUUUAUUCAAAAAUAUUUCUAACUUUGGUGCAACUACAUCAAAUGAAACAAUGACGAAAAGCCGAAUUCUCUCCAAUGUAAUUAUAAAAUCCCCAGAUAGAAUCUCAUUUGAUGAUAGUGUUUCAGAUGACUAUACUAAGCAUGAAAAGGUGUUUCCAAAAAGUAGGAGCAAUCAAGGUUCGAGUUCAGAAAGCUCAGGAAUGUAUACUGUGCAUGAUUCAUCUUGUGCUGAACAUUUUUUUUCAUCUUUAAGUGACGCGGAAACGUACAUAGAAGAAAUGUAUGAAGAAUUGGAACAAAAUAUUGAUAAAGAAAAUGAUAUGUAUGAAAUAGGUAUUGAUAAAUAA